AUGGCCAAGGUCAACACAACCCCAUGGAAUGCUCCAGGUGGCGCCGGAGCGGCCGGCGAGGAGGAGAUCAGCCCCGAGGAUGACCAGAGGGCCAACCGCACCUUGUUCCUGGGCAACCUGGACAUCACCGUGAGCGAGUCGGACCUGAGGCGGGCGUUCGACCGUUUUGGGGUCAUCACCGAGGUGGACAUCAAGAGGCCGGGCCGCGGGCAGACCAGCACCUACGGGUUCCUGAAGUUCGAGAACCUGGACAUGGCGCACCGGGCCAAGCUGGCCAUGUCGGGGAAGGUGCUGCUGCGCAACCCCAUCAAGAUCGGGUACGGCAAAGCCACCCCCACCACCCGGCUCUGGGUGGGCGGCCUGGGGCCCUGGGUGCCCUUGGCCGCCCUGGCCCGGGAGUUCGACCGCUUUGGUACCAUCCGCACCAUCGACUACCGCAAAGGGGAUUCCUGGGCCUACAUCCAGUACGAAAGCCUGGACGCGGCGCAGGCGGCCUGCACACACAUGAGGGGCUUCCCUCUGGGGGGCCCGGACCGCCGGCUCCGCGUGGACUUUGCCGACACCGAGCACCGGUACCAGCAGCCCUACCUGCAGCCCCUGCCCCUGCCGCCCCCGGCUCACUACGAGCUCGUGGCAGAGGCGGCUGCUUUUGGGGCUCACCGGGGAGCUCCCCCCGACCCUCUGCGGGGGGCCCGGGACAGGACGCCACCGUUGCUUUAUAGAGACCGCGACAGAGACCUUUACCCCGAGACAGAGUGGGUGCCCCCGCCGCCCCCUGUGCGGGACAGGAGUAACCGGGCGGCUGCCUACGACCCACUGGAAAGCCUGGAGCGCCGCCGGGACGGGUGGUCCUUGGAGCGGGACCGCGGGGAGAGGGAGCUGGGCAGUAGCAGUCGGGAUCAGCCCAGGAAGCGGAGGCUGGCGGAGGACGGAGGCCGGCACUUGGACCGCUCCCCCGACAGCGAGCGCUCCUCGUCCUCCCGAAAGCGCCACUGCCUGGCCACCAGCUCCCCGCCGGACCGCAGCCCCGAGCUCCUGGGGGGCCGGGAGCGCUACAGCAGCGACCCCGAGCGCUCGUCCCGCCUGCUCCUCUUGGAGCGACCGUCCCCGGUGCGGGAGUCCCGCCGGGGCAGCCUGGAGCGGGGGCAGAACGAGAAGCGCGACCGCAAGAACUCGGCGGAGCGCGAGCGGAAGCACCGCGGCGGUGCCGCCGCCCAGGAGGGCAAGAGCCCGGCCAAAAAGGAUGAGCGGGCUGCCCGAGGGUAGGCGGGGCGAGCUCCCGCCCAAACCCCUCCCCAAAAACAGAGCAGACGGGGCGUAGCGCAGGCUGGGGCGGCGCCCAAGCUGUGCUUGGCCUGGCAGGGGAUGCUCCUGCUGAAGAACAGCAACUUCCCGUCCAACAUGCACCUGCUCCAGGGGGACCUCGGUGUCGCCAGCAGCCUCCUCGUGGAGGGGGCCACGGGGGGGAAGGUGGCCCAGCUCAAGAUCACCCAGCGGCUCCGGCUGGACCAGCCCAAGCUGGACGAGGUGAACCGGCGCAUCAAGGUGGCGGGGCCCAAUGGCUACGCCAUCCUCUUGGCCGUGCCCGGCGCGGCGGAAAACCGCGCGGCCGCCGGAGCCGCCGAGCCUGCCACCACCUCCACGCAGAGGCCGCUCAGGAAUCUGGUGUCCUACCUAAAGCAAAAGCAGGCUGCAGGGGUGAUCAGCCUCCCCGUGGGGGGGAACAAAGACAAGGAGAACAGCGGGGUGCUGCACGCCUUCCCACCCUGCGACUUCUCCCAGCAGUUCCUGGACUCUACGGCCAAGGCGUUGGCCAAAUCCGAGGAUGACUAUCUGGUCAUGAUCAUUGUCCGGGGGGCGUCCUAAGGGCCCUCGUGUUCUGUUCCCAACCCUGCCUACUCCUCCACCCAGCCCCUCCAGCGUGUGCCAGGUGCUAUGGGAUACAGCCUUAGCCAGCCCUGUUGUUAUUUUAAUUAGACCUUUGUUUGUAGGUGACUUUCCCAGCCUGAUUUUCUGUUACUACGUUUUUCUAUAAAGGUAGAAGCCAGAGAGGUUGGUUUAGGCGUAGUGUGAAUAGGAUAUUUUGAGAAUUCCCUAUCAGUGGGGACAGCAGGGAGGCUAGGCCUGCUUUGAUUUACAAAAAAAAAUAAAAAAAAAAAAUAAGAAAAACGAGAACUGGGGAGGGGGAGGGAGGGGGAAAAGAAAAAACUCCCGUCUUCUUGAUUUUGAUUCGUGUCCUUUUUUCAUUUCAUGUUUUUUAAAGCAAGUCCAAGAGCUUGUCCUCCGACAGAGCUCCAAACCCAACAGACCAGGUUUAAAGCACUCGUUGGAAAUGGAAAACCACACGUUUAGUGACAGACUGGUGUCAGCCCCUUUUUUGAGCCUUUGAAAUUCCGUGUGGGCCUUGGGGAUCCCUUCCCCUGGGAGCUGGAAUGGUUUCCCCUUUGGGUCGAGUGGAUCAAGGUUGAUGUUUUACAGCAAAUCUGGUGGACUGCAGAAGACAUGGGAUACCAAGCUCUAAAUGGACCUUUGGGAAGAGAAGCUGUGGCUUAUGUGGAAUUUCCAUGGGCCUCCUGAUGGAAGAAAGCUUAUCUGUUUAGUAUUUGUGCAUUUUACUAAAAAUGGCAGCUUUAAAAAAAAAAAAAAAAGUUGUGUAUCUGCUAUUGUGAUGCCAAUGCCCGUGUUUUAAGUGGAAAAAAAAAAUGACCUCUUUGCUUUGUGCUGUGUACACAAGAUUGCUGGAAAAAAAGUAAAGGAAUACCCUUUUUAUGGCUCACACAGCUUGAAAGUAGCUGUCACUCAAACAUGCGCUCACAGUUGAGCUGAUUUUGUUUCAUUCUAAAUAAAUUGUUUCUUUUGAGGAAAAA